UCCAGAUUUCGUUGACACCAACCGUCGGUGUCAACGUCAAAUCCAUUAAAUGGUGUCAGAAUGUUGUUGAAAAAUGACACUGAAAAAAAAUAUGUGCUGACACCGUACAAGUAACAGCGAUGUUUCUUCAAUGGUGAGACCGAGUAAAAAUCCGGUAAAGAAUGGACACAGCCCAAUGUUAACGCGGGAGCUAAAAUUCUAAAUCAACACUGGAUUGUGUCAGUCUUUCUUCGCAACGCACGGUUCGGUUUGGCCGUUAUUAUUUUCUUUCUUGACAAAAAAGAUUAACAAAAAUGGAUAAAUUGACCCGUGUCUCUAAUUCACUGCGGGGAAAAAAAUUAAUUGUUUGUAGUGGGGACUAUUAUCAAUUUAUUGAAUCAGUGAAAAUAAAAUUCGAUAUUGGACCUGACGCCGAGAUCUGUCUUCAAGAUCACGAGGGGGCCGAGAUUGAUGAACAAGUCUUCCCAAUUUUAUUGGAACAGCCGGCCACCCCUAAUAUAGAGUUCAUCAUCAAAGGGGAGGAGCAAGCUGAAUUGUCCUUGGAUUAUUCAUUUGCGCCGAGCUCAUCAUUAGUAUAUUCUGAAAACUCAACUAAACACGGGAAUUCAUUGCCAGUGCUGUCACCUAUUAAAGCAGUGCCACAAAGUCCCCAAUUUACCCAGAUCUUGGAGUCUAUGGUGCAAAACGACCUCGAGCUAAACCGAUUGGUCCGCGAUUGCAACGAUAAAGGAUUUGUCGACAGCGCAACUUCUUCCGUUCUGAUUAAGUCCUUUGUCGCAAAGUUAAUUGAACUGAAAGGGUUUGGCAAAUUUUAA